UCAAAGGACUCUGUGUAUGUAGCACGGGACAUGGGUCGUUAAGAAAGAAAAGAUGGUUGCUUUGCCAUCGGAUUGGGCUUUGAAGAUCGGGUGCGAGGACGAUGGUUUUUUAAGGGCGAGAGAGGACACGCUAUGUGGACCGCUGGAUUAUGAUAACGGGUGGCAGGGAGGGGUGAUAGGUGUGGAUUUGAACAAGAAGCAGAGUCACAACGCGAAUGAGAGGGAGAGGAGGAAGAGGCUCAACACCGCCUUCUCCAACCUCCGAUUCUUGUUGCCGGAUUCUUCCAUCUCUAAGAGAAAAUGGAGUAUACCCACCACAGUAUCAAAAGCCGUAGAUUACAUACCAGAGCUCCAGAGAGAGGUUGAUGAUCUUUUGAAAAGGAGAGAAAAACUCCAUGCAAGCGUUUCAACGCACCACGAAAGAACUCAUCCUCUCACUUCUUGUCUCCCUACAGUCACUGUCAUCAGAGUUGAUCAACUGGAGAUCACAACCCAAAUAUGCCUUUCCAAAGCUUAUAGCCUUCCGUUCUCAACUCUUGUUGCAAGGUUGGAAGGAGAAGGCUUGCAUGUAACAAGUGGUUCCACGUCUGCCAUUUGUGGGAACAGAGUGUGCUACAAUCUCCAUCUUCAGAUGCAGAAAGGGUUCGCCACGGUGGACGAUGCAUUUCUCAGGGAGAAUAUAAUACAACUAUGUCAGCUGUCUGCAGUGUUUAGUCCAAGGCAGCAUAGGAAACCAGAGAAGCAAGUCCUCCAUCAGCAUCUCUUCACAGAGGUUCGAGCUCUAUCUCUGCCAUCUCUCAGAGCUUGCGGUUCGCAGAUAGCCCUUCGUCCGCCAUCUCUGAAACAAGUUCGAGCUCUCUCACUCAAACUUGGUCAUGCUUUUUGUAGCAGUCCCAAUUGUAAAUUGUGAAUUUUGUCAAAAGCCCUAAAUUUCACUGGACUGGUGUUAUGAUUUUUCUUACCAUUUGAGUUAUUGUUAUGAUUUUUUCUUAUCAUUUUGUUCGUUUGUGGAGAUACCAGGGAUUUGGUGUUAGUUUUAUGUGGUGGAAGCUGUAG